CUAGAGUAAAAUAAGGUACCUACCUACUUACCUGCCUUUGACGAAGCCAGCGCUUUUGCACACACCCAGAUAAGCUCCACCCCCAAGUGUCUGUCAAUCGCUAGUCACUCAACCAACCGCCUCUCUACCUAUUCCGGAGCCAACUUUCCUCUUGUCCCCGGUUCACCUCCGGGAAAAAGGCCCAUCCGUCCCUUGCAGCUGCCUGCCAGUUGUUGAAACCCGACACCCCCUAGAGCGGGUAGAUCGCCAAGGGCCAUGAACUUUCCUACUUCAUCCAUUAACGACUUCGCAUUCACUCCCAACGCACGCUCGGACGCCCAGUCACAGCAGCAGCAGAAUCACCACCCCCAGCAACAGGCUCACUUCUCGUCCCGCCAUUUACAGCAACAACAGCAACAACUGCUGCAGCUUCACCAGCAGCAGCAUCCCCUGCCGCCGCCGCCAUCCCCUCCACCCGCGUCAUCUGCCACCGCGCAAUCCUUCUCCGCCGCCCAGCAAGCCUUCGCACACGCGCAAUAUCAACAAUUAGCCCUCAUGAACGGUAUGAACGGUGGCAAUGUGCCUAAUGGCAUGGGCGGCAUGCCCACCCCGGCAGGCCAGCAGGCUGAGCUCAACUAUAUCUAUGGCAUGGUCGAGGAGCUCAGCCGGCAGCUCGCGGAGAACCGCCGAGUCACUGAGGAUAUUGUGUCUGGUCUCGGAAGAGUACGCAGCCGUGCGAGGACGCAGGGAAUGAGCAACGAGGACCUUAUUCACAACGCUGCCGAUGACAUUCGCGCCCAAGAACGGAACCUCGAUAACUUCAUCUCCAUUCUCUCCGAGUCCCUCGAAAAGGCGAAGUACAGCCGCGACGCCAACGCGACCCUCCUAACCCAAUACGCGACUGUACUCGCCGCGAUGCUGAAGCAAUUCCACGAGUACAAGGCAAAGCACGUCACGGAUGUCGCCGCAUGGCAUCGUUCCUACCGGUCCCAGCUUGCCGAAGCACGCGCCGAGAACAGCAGACUCCGAGAACAGAUAUGGGAGAUGCAGGAGCGCGCCGGAAAAGCCAACGAGGCGCUGCGUAAGUUCCGUCGCAAGUACGACGAGAACGAGGCCAGAUGGGACCGACGCGUUGAGGAGGUGGCUGCGCGCCAGGAGUUGCGUUUCUGGAAGCGCAUGGCCAUGCCUGAGGUCAGCGACGACGACCCCUGCUGGAGCGACGACGACGACCUCAUCGACUCGGCGGAGAAGGAGCGGCUUAAGGAGCUGGAGAAGAGGGUUGCACAGGAACAACUUGCUGGGAGCCAGCAGAUGGGUGAAGAGUACUCGCGUCCCCAGUCACCAGAAUCUAGCAUGAUGGGCGGCGUUCCCAUGCAGAGAGACCUUGGCAUUCCCAUGCCGAUGCCUGUACCUCCGCCACGUCCUUCGAGCGCGACGUCCAGUACUGGAUCUUCUGGUCAAUGAUUGAACAUACUGGUUUACGCAUUUUUGAAGCAUGCGAUCGGGCAUCAUGGGCGCAAGGGGAACCUAGGGUAAAAAGGAACUUCACCGGCGUUUGGUAUCAGGUCUGGGAUGAGAGGAUGGAUUUGGGAGGAUCAGCCGUAUUAUACCUUACGUUAUGCUUGCCAAGCAGUCUAUCUCUGGGCGAUUACUGUCAUGAAUACCGUCAUAGUUUAUUGGAAUAACGACUUCUAAUGAUCCUGCCUAAUGUUUAGACUGCGGCUCACCCUAUUUACAGAAACAUACAAACCAUAA